CCUAGAGUCAGGCCUUAAGUUGAUUCACAGCACUCGUUCAAGAGCCAAAACCAACUUUGCAUCACACGUCUCAGCCUAUUUCCUGCAAAAUGAAGUUCUUCGUUCUUGUACCCUUCUUUUCCAUGCCACUGGUUCUGGCUGCUCCUGGCGGUUACUACCCGCCGCCGGGCCAAACUGUCACGGUCACCAAGCCGGUCACGGUCACCAAACCAGCAGACACGGUCACGGUCACCAAACCUGGGGCCACGAUCACCAAGCCGGUCACGGUCACCAAACCAGCAGAUACGGUCACGGUCACCAAACCUGGGGCCACGAUCACCAAGCCGGUCACGGUCACCAAGCCAGUAUACACGGUCACGAUCACCAAGCCCGCAUACACGGUCACGAUCACCAAGCCAGCAUACACGGUCACGUUCACCAAGCCAGCAUACACGAUCACGGUCACCAAGCCGGUCACGGUCACCAAGCCAGCAGAUACGGUCACGGUCACCAAACCUGGGGCCACGAUCACCAAGCCGGUCACGGUCACCAAGCCAGCAUACACGGUCACGGUCACCAAACCUUGUAAGCCAACCAAUACACACCACGGUGAUGGCCACGGUGAUGAUGGCCACGGUGAUGAUGGCCACGGUGAUGAUGGCCACGGUGAUGAUGGCCACGGUGAUGAUGGCCACGGUGAUGAUGGCCACGGUGAUGAUGGCCACGGUGAUGAUGGCCACGGUGAUGAUGGCCACGGUGAUGAUGGCCACGGUGAUGGUGGCUCCAAAGAUGGUGGCUCCAACGAUGGUGGCUCCAACGAUGGUGGCCACGGCGAUUCUGGCUCGUAAAAGUGCCAAGUUGGACAACAAGAACCAGCGCAACAAGUAAGGAGGGGUAUUCACAAUUGGAUGAGGUAACUGUCACGAGUUGGCAGGACCGAGGACUUCGAGUGUUAGCCCUAGUGGUACUUAAGUGACUCGGUUUUGAAUGCUUUUGGAUUGCCGGAUUACAAGGCAGCUUGCUUUUUCACUUCUCUAAAGCUCGCCUACUCUAUGGCUUAGUAUGCUCUUUUUGUUAUAGUUUAAGUCAAGCCACUUUAUUAUUGGCUUAGGUGAGGGCUUAGGCUAAUGAGUUGGGUGUCUGAUUGCUUGAUAGUGAUCUUUUAAAUUAUGCUUUUUGGCUGCAGUUAUUAAAUUAUAGUUAGUUGCAGCUUAUUACCAGGUGUCCAGCCGCCUCUGGAUUAAAAUUAAGCCGUAUUCUGUUAAUAUCUAUGAGC